GGGGGCCACAGAUGCAGUGAAAGGGGAAGUCAGGGGUGCCCAGAGUUUCUCCAUAGAAGCCCUAAACUGGACAGAGGCUAAGUCACUAAGAGGGAGAACCAGGGUCCUGGGGCAGGGGUGGGGGGCAGAGGCAGCCCCUGAGAGAGCACCCCAUCUCCUGGAGGUGCAGGGCAGGUCUCUUGGUGGGCUUGGUGGGAGGGGGGAGAGUUAAAACAACAGUUAAAAAAGGCAAUCAGGAGGCGAAACCAAUAACAAAAGAAGGGGAGCCUACCCCCCUAAAAAAACAAGAGGAAAGGAAGGACAAAGGACGGGGAGAGCCAGUUCAAGGGUGGCUGUAGAGGGAGAAGGGCCAGUCAGGAACUGGGGGUGGUGGUGGGGGGGAAGGAAGUGGAUUAAUCUGAGGAGCAGCAGCGGGAGAGAAAGUGGGGGUGUUCCUUGAGAAGAGGGGAUUCAGGGCCACAGAGGGGGGAGCAGAAGGGGUGAAAAGGGAAGGCACAGGGUUUUAGGGAGUGGAAAGAGAGACUUAAGAAGGAGCGGAGCACGUGGGAGAAGGGGUGCCCAGGAUGCCUGGGGAGCCCCCCUCGGUGUCCGGGGAGCUCAGGCCACUGCUGGGGCGCAGGCUGAGGGCUCCCCGGCGGGGGUGGCGGCGGGUGGCAGCGGCGGCCUUGCUGCUGGUGGUGGUGCUGGAGCGCUUGGCCUUUUUCGGGGUGGCGGCCAACCUCGUGCUGUACCUCAACAGCGCCGAUUUCAAAUGGGCCGGCUCGCAGGCUUCCCGGGCCGCGCUGGUCUUCCUGGGCGCGUCCCAGCUGCUGGCGCCCGUGGGCGGCUGGCUGGCCGACGUGUACCUGGGCCGCUCGUGCGCCAUCGCGCUCAGCCUGUUGCUCUACCUGGCGGGCUCCGCGCUGCUGGCCGCCACCGCCUGCCCCGACGGCCGCGCCUCCUUCUGCGGGUCCCUGCUCCCCGCGCCCCUGCAGCCCGCCUGCCCUGCGCCCGGCUGCCCACCCGCCACCCCCGCGCCCUACUGCGCGCCCACCAUCUACGGGGCUCUGUUGCUGCUCGGCCUGGCCGCCAGCUCCGUCCGCAGCAACCUCCCCUCCUUUGGGGCCGACCAGGUGAUGGAUCUCGGCCGCCAGACCACACGCCGUUUCUUCAACUGGUUUUACUGGAGCAUCAACCUGGGAGCCGUGCUGUCGCUGCUGGUGGUGGCCUUUAUCCAGCAGAACAUCAGCUUCUUGCUGGGUUACAGCGUCCUUGUGUGCUGCCUGGGCCUGGCCUUUGUCCUUUUCCUCUUUGCCACCCCCAUCUUUGUCACCAAGCCCCCCACGGGCAGCCAAGUGUCCUCUAUGCUCAAGCUUGCCUUCCAGAGCUGCUGUCCCCGGCUGUGGUGCCAACGUGCCACCAGAGACCCUCCGGGAGACCAACUGCUCCCUGACCAGAGUUCUCCCCAGUCCGGCCCUUCCCCACAAGAGGACUUGGCCAAUUUCCAGGUGCUGGUGAAGAUCCUGCCUGUCAUGGUGACCCUGGUGCCCUACUGGAUGGUGUACUUCCAGAUGCAGUCCACCUACGUUCUGCAGGGCCUCCACCUUCGGAUCCCCAACAUUUUCCCAGCUGGCCCCACCAACAGCUUCAUGGUCCAGAGCACUGGGAGAAGCAGCUAUAAGAUCCCGGAAGCCUGGCUGCUGCUGGCCAACGUGGCGGUGGUGUUGGUGCUGGUGCCCCUGAAGGACCGUGUGCUCGACCCACUGCUGCGGAGCUGCAAGCUCUUCCCCUCGGCUCUGCAGAAAAUGGCACUCGGCAUGUUCUUUGGGUUCACCUCCGUCAUCGUGGCAGGAGUCCUGGAAAGGGAGCGGUUACAAUAUAUCCAGCUCAACCAGACGGUGGCCCAGCAGAUUGGCCAGGAAACGUACUACGCGGCACCACUGUCCAUCUGGUGGCAGGUCCCACAGUACCUGCUCAUUGGGAUCAGUGAGAUUUUCGCCAGCAUCCCAGGCCUAGAGUUUGCCUACUCCGAGGCCCCACGCUCCAUGCAGGGCGCCAUCAUGGGCAUCUUCUUCUGCCUGUCAGGGGUCGGCUCACUGCUGGGCUCCGGCCUACUGGCACUGCUGACCCUGCCGGGUGGCUGGAUGCACUGCCCCCAGGAUACUGGGAACAUCAACAAAUGCCACAUGGACAACUAUUUCUUUCUGUUGGCCGGGAUCCAGGCAGCCACAGGGCUCCUGUUCAUCUGGAUCACGGGUCGCUACGAGAGUUCGCCCCCUAGAGGUGGUCCCAGCAGGGACCGGGGCUGAGCUGCCUCCCACCAACCCCCCAGAACAGACAAGCAGCCUGGGGUUCCCUUCUCAGUUUAUUCUGUCCCCAAUAUCAGGAUGAAAUGGUUCCCAUAAAUACAGGGCAUCAAGCUCUU